UCAGGGCAGACCGGAAUCGCUUGCAGGAGCUCAUCUGAAUGACCUGAGAAGGUCUCCGGCCUUGUACGUUGAACGUGGUGGUGAACUUUCCCAGGCUAUCGUUAUCACAGCGAUGUUUAAGUGCAAGACCGUAUGGAACAAACUGGCUCGGGCCUCAUCCACGUUGUGUCUACAGAAUGCAAGAAAAUCAGUGCUGAGACAUGGGAGAAGACUGGAGAUGAUGCAGAAGGCCCAGAUGUCAUCAGGGCCAACAGGAGGGGGCGGGGAGAACACUCUUUAUUAUGUUCUGGUUGGAGCAACAUGUCUGGGAGGAGGUAUUUAUACCUACCGCACUGUCUCAGGGGACAAGGAAAGGUAUAAUGAGCGUAUGAUAGAAAUUGCCAGCAGACCAAAACAAAGGCCACAAGCAGCUGAGGCUGUAGCUCGAAUUGUGGCAAAACCAAAAGAAGAGGCGAUUGCUAAGGCUCCCACAUUGGAACCUGAAGAAUCUGCUGUCACAGAACCAUCUGUUGAAGAACCUACUGUAUCGGAACCUGUUGUUGAAGAGCCUGUAACGGAACCCACUGUGGAAGCUCUUAGUUCAGAACUUGUUUUAGAAUCACCUGAACCGGACACUGCAGAAGUUAAACAGAGCGAAGAACCCAUAGCUCCUGUUGUUGAGAGUGCUGAGCCAACACCGGUACCCAUGGCUGAACACGUGCCAGAGAUUCCACCUGAUUCUGACAGUGCUGUGACUGCUGAGCCUGCUUCUGCUGAUGUGCCCCUUGAACCCACUGCCGCUCAUUCAGAUGUCCCUGAACACGCCCCCUAUCUGCUGAUUGGUGGAGGCACGGCUGCAUUCGCUGCAGCUAGAUCCAUUCGGGCACGUGACCCUGGUGCCAGGGUGUUGAUUGUUACGGAAGAAUCUGACCUCCCCUACAUGAGACCCCCUCUCUCUAAAGAACUCUGGUUCUCAGAUGACCCCAAGGUCACGGAAACACUGCGUUUCAAACAGUGGAAUGGCAAAGAGAGGAGUAUUUAUUUCCAGCCUGCAUCAUUCUACAUCAGUCCUGUUGAUCUCGCUAAGGUGGAGAACGGCGGUGUGGCUGUGCUCACUGGUCGUAAGGUGGUUCACAUGGAUGUCAGGGGAAAUAAAAUCAAACUGAGUGAUGGUGCAGAGAUCUCCUAUGAUAAGUGCCUCAUUGCCACAGGUGGGGUACCUAGGAACCUGCAAGUGAUUGACAGGGCAGGAGAGGAUGUGAAGAAUAGGACCACGCUUUUUAGGAAAAUUGAGGAUUUCAGGUCUCUAGAGAAGAUCUCCCGAGAAGUGAAAUCCAUCACAAUCAUUGGUGGAGGUUUUCUGGGUAGCGAGCUUGCAUGUGCCAUUGGUCGCAGAUCCGCAAAUCUUGAUUUAGAGGUGAUCCAAUUGUUUCCAGAGAAGGGGAACAUGGGAAAAGUUCUGCCUGAAUACUUGAGUAACUGGACCACUGAGAAAGUCAAAAAAGAGGGUGUGAAUGUCAUAACAGACGCAGUGGUUAAAAAUGUGAACUACAAAAAUGGCAAACUGGAGAUCAAACUAAAGGAUGGACGACAGGUGACGACGGACCACAUUGUGGCGGCAGUUGGUUUGGAGUCUAGUGUGGAACUGGCCAAAUCAGCUGGGCUGGAGGUGGACUCUGAUUUCGGAGGGUACCGGGUGAAUGCUGAGCUCCAGGCUCGCUCCAAUAUCUGGGUGGCGGGAGAUGCUGCAUGUUUUUAUGACAUCAAACUGGGCCGUAGGCGUGUGGAGCAUCACGAUCAUGCGGUGGUCAGCGGUCGAUUGGCUGGAGAGAACAUGACAGGAGCCAACAAACCCUACUGGCACCAGUCCAUGUUCUGGAGUGAUUUGGGCCCGGAUGUGGGGUAUGAAGCCAUUGGUAUAGUGGACAGCAGUCUGCCCACCGUAGGAGUGUUUGCUGAAGCCACAGCCAAGGACACACCAAAAGCUGCGACAGAGCAAUCAGGUACUGGUAUCCGCUCUGAGAGCGAGACGGAGGAGGUCGCCGAAGCAGUGAAGUCUGGAGCGGCGGCCCCUCCUAACCAGAAGGAAGAAGAUUAUGGGAAAGGAGUGAUUUUCUACCUGAGGGAUAAAGUGGUGGUCGGUAUCGUCCUGUGGAAUGUCUUUAACAGAAUGCCCAUUGCAAGAAAGAUAAUCAAAGAUGGAGAGGAGCAUGCAGAUCUGAACGAGGUGGCCAAGCUUUUCAACAUCCACGAGGACUGAACAAUCUCACUCAUUUUCUCCGUCCACUCUGUCAAGGAAACUCAUCUUACGUCUAUGUGAAGUGAACUUGUGAAAAGACUCACACACAUACAGAGAACAAACACAUGCAGGCUUACAUUAGCCUGUCGUCAACUGUUUUGGUCUUGAACUCUGAGAACAGGACAUGCAGUGCAGCUUCCGAGCCUCAGGGUGGCACUGUGGUUUCAUUAUGGUUGUGGAUUUAAUAAAUUUGUACUGCUCUUCUACUGAACAAA